AUGAAGCUCUCCACGUCUUCAUCGGCUUUGGCUACAGCUUUAAUAGCUGGAAGUCAUCUAGUUAAUGCAAUAGAAGUAGAUCUUACUUCUCCAGACUCUAUCAAGAGCGCGGCGAGUACCAUCGCGUACGACAUGAUGACCUAUUACACAGGAAAUCAGACGGGCGGCAUACCUGGAAAUUUACCAGCGCCAUAUUAUUGGUGGGAAGCAGGAGCAAUGUUCGGCUCGCUGAUCGACUAUUGGUAUUAUACGGGUGAUUCGUCAUAUAAUGAUGUUACCACUGAGGCCAUGCUGUGGCAGACGGGACCCGACAAUGAUUAUAUGACCCCGAAUCAAACAAAAACGGAGGGAAAUGAUGACCAGGGAUUCUGGGGGUUGGCCGCCAUGUCUGCUGCCGAAGUGAACUUUCCAAAUCCUCCUUCAAAUAAACCUCAAUGGCUCGCUCUUGCGCAGGCAGUUUUCAAUACCCAAGCCCCUCGUUGGGACGAUAGUACUUGUGGCGGUGGCUUACGAUGGCAAAUCUUUACGUUCAAUAAUGGCUAUAAUUACAAAAACUCCAUCUCCAAUGGCUGCUUCUUCAAUUUGGGUGCACGACUUGCAAAAUAUACUGGCAACGAUACAUAUGCACAGUGGGCAGAAAGAACUUGGGACUGGAUGGAAAAUGUGGGACUAAUGGAUGAAAACUACUAUGUUUACGAUGGCUCGGACGAUACGAUAAACUGUACAAGGCUUAAUCAUAUACAGUGGACUUAUAACGCCGGGGCUUUUCUGCUCGGCGCGGCAAAUAUGUAUAAUUACACCAACGGAAGCGAUAUAUGGCGUGGACGUGUUGAGGGUUUACUGAAUGGCACCCAUGUGUUCUUCCAGAAUAACAUCAUGAUGGAAGUAGCCUGUGAGAAUAAUGGGAAAUGCAAUAUUGAUCAACAAUCUUUCAAGGCAUACCUCGCUCGCUGGCUAGCUGCCACAACGAAAAUGGCACCCUUUACCUACGAUGCCGUUAUGGCCUACUUACGUCCCUCUGCUGCAGGGGCCGCGGCAUCAUGUGUUGGAGGAGAUAACGGACGUACUUGUGGUCUCAAUUGGAGAACCGGCGGGUUUGAUGGAUUUUAUGGUGUAGGAGAACAGAUGUCUGCUUUAGAGGUUAUUCAGAGUAAUCUCAUUGAGCAGGUCGCAGGACCAGUAACUAAUACAACCGGUGGAACGAGUAAAGGGGAUCCGAGUGCUGGGUCGGGCAAGAGCUCAAGCAGUUUUUCAUCAACUAAGCCGGUUACUACGGCUGAUAAGGUCGGGGCGGGAAUUCUUACUACCGUAUUGUUGCUUGCCUUCAUUGGAAGUAUCUGGUGGAUGAUUGUCGAUUAA